AUGGAGCACUUGCAGCAUAGCAUCGGCUUCGGCAUGCGGCACCUCUCAGACCGCCAGGAGUUCCUGGAGCAAUACGGGGCAGCAUCCAUGCAGCAGCAUCCGUGUGGCGAGGCCCCAGAGGCGAUGCUGCAAAUGCGGUUGCAGAAGUUGAAGGAGUGCCAGCAGAUCUCCCAGGAGGUCUUGGAACUCAUGCAAGCCAGCGUCAGUCACCUUCUCUGCGUGGCCUGCCGCGGCGCGGCGGAGCCUUCGGAGCCUUCGGAGCCUGCGGAGCCUUCGCUGCUGGUGGAUGCCGAGGUGGCGCUUGCUGAUGAAUGGCGGCGUCUCUCAAUGACGACGCUGAAGGUGUACCAGGAGAUCCGAGCACAUGAUGCAGCGGUUGCUGGGCAGAUGCGACAGGUGGGUGCAGAGGCUUGCAUCAUGGACUUUAUCGAGGCCCAGCGCCGGGGCGUGCCAGCACCUGCAAAGCACAUGGUGGUCAUUCGACCCUGGCACCACCAGGGUGGCCUAGGAGGCUUCCAAGAGACCUGGGAACGAUACAUCGAUGGGCUGCUGGCGCUCUCCACGGAGUUGGCAGAGAGCAUCAUGGCAGAGGUCACUGGCCUCAUGCUGAGCUUCCAGCAUGCCCUGCAGCCGGAAAGCGCAGCCUCUUUGCUGCUUUGUGGUCUUCCAGACGUCAUGCAGUACACGCAGCUGUCGCCGGAACUCAGAGGUCACAGUUGGGAGGAUCGAGGGGCAGCAGCGCAGAUGACACUCCUGGUGGCGAUGCCGAACCCUGGCACCAACUUGCGUUUCGAUUUCGCGAACGACAAAGCGACCUUAAGCAAGGCGGCGCUGCAAGAGCAUGUUGCAGCUCUGAAGCCUCUACUGGAGAAGAUCGUGCAAGGAGCCUCAGCGAAGCUUGUGUUGGUGACCCCGAACCCGGAGCAGGGCUUCGAGCUGCAGCAGUUAUUGCCCCAGGUGCGGUUGCUGUGGCGCCGCUUCGCGCUGUUCAACGCGGAGGAGCUGGCGCUGACGCUCGCGGGACCGCCACCGGCAGAUGGAAUGCGGGUGGUGGCUGCCUUCCAGGUCCGGGCGGGCGGCGAUGCCGCAGGGCUGCAUGCCGCGGCAAGCUUCCUGGCCAACCUGCCCAGCAAGUCCCAGGUCGUGUGGCCGGAGGCCCUGCGCCCAGCGCGCGUUUCCUCUUGGCCCAUGGCCCGAUUGAGCCGGCCGAACGGGGUCGCCUUCCGAGCACCUCACGAGGGGCCGGCGCCGUGUCCGCAGCUGGUGCCCAUUCUCAAGGACUACUUGGAGUUCCACCGCUCCGCCCGUGCGCUUCUCCUGCAGCAAGCUUUGACCGGCUCCCAAGGCCCCUCGCCCCGGGUCUUGAUCUAUCGCUGUUCCGCCAUGGGCUUUUGCGGUGGCCACGGCGAUCGCUUGAACGGCCUGCUCAGCGUCUUCCUGAUGGCUGUAGCUUCGCGCCGGGCCUUCUUCAUUGAUGCCGCACGGCCAGUCCCUAUGCAUCUCUUACUUGCCCCACGGCGUCGUGGCAGCUGUGGUGACAUCUUAGAGGGUGCCGAGUUUCUACUCGACUGGCGCAUGCAUGGGGCUGUUGCCGCCGUGGGACGCAGGAUCAACUACAACGACAGAUACAACGAUUUGGUGGCUGACUUGCCGUGGAUCCUGGGUCAGGAGGCAGAAGAGAUCGUGGUUAUGCACACCAAUCAGCGAGUGACUGCAGCGGUGCUGGAGAGCCGGGAGGCGCAGGCCCUCCUGGGCCCAAUGGCAAAGGAACUGCUGGGUCUGCCCUUCCUGCAUGCGGCGAUGCUGGAGCUACUUUUCGAGCCUUCGGAGCUGUUGGCCAAGCGUCACCAGGAGGCGUGGCCGCGAGGCUGGGCCGACGGCACCUGCUGGCGGUGCACUUCAGGGCAGGGGACCAGUCCCCGGGCAGGAUCCACCCCGGCACGGCCUCUCCGACCUGCAGGGCUUCUUCAGCUGCGCUCAGGCCGUGCAGAAGUCGGCUCGCUGGAAGGAUGA